CCCCGACCCCGCGCUCCCCCGAGUCCUCCCGCCCAGCGGCCAAUCCCGGCUGCGCUCCGGCCUGUUCUCUGCGCGGUGGUGGCGCCGAGCGCGGAGACUGCCCGGCGAGCUCAAGCUUUGUGCUCAGCGGCAGGUGCAGGAACCAAGGGCACUCAGAGAUCACGUGCCCCAGCCCCUAGGUCACACAGCUGCUUCUGCGGAAGGCGCCCAAGAUGGAUGCAGAGCCCCAGAGGAGGUUUGGCGUGGUGGUGGUGGGCGUGGGCCGAGCCGGCUCCGUGCGGAUCCGGGACCUGCGGAGUCCCAACGCUUCCUCCGAGUUCCUGAACCUGAUUGGCUUCGUGUCCAGACGAGAGCUGGGGAGCAUUGAGGAGGUGAAGCAGAUUUCUUUGGAAGAUGCUCUUUCCAGUCAAGAGGUCGAGGUUGCUUUUAUCUGCAGUGAGAGCUCCAGCCACGAGGACUACAUCAGGCAGUUCCUUAACGCUGGGAAGCAUGUCCUUGUGGAAUACCCCAUGACACUGUCUUGGGCAGCAGCGAAGGACCUGUGGGAGCUGGCGGAGCGGAAAGGGAAAGUCCUGCAUGAGGAGCACGUUGAACUCUUGAUGGAGGAGUUUGCGUUCCUGAAAAAAGAAGUGGUGGGGAAGGACCUGCUGAAAGGGUCUCUCCUCUUCACAGCUGGCCCUUUGGAAGAGGGGCGGUUUGGCUUCCCCGCCUUCAGCGGCAUCUCUCGCCUGACCUGGCUGGUCUCCCUCUUUGGGGAGCUGUCCCUUGUGUCUGCGACUCUGGAAGAGCGGAAGGAGGAUCAGUACAUGAAGAUGACGGUGUGUCUGGAGACAGAGAACAAAAGCCCGCUGACCUGGAUUGAGGAGAAGGCACCUGGCCUCAAGCGAAACAGACAUUUAAGCUUCCAUUUCAAGUCUGGGUCCCUGGAGAAUAUGCCAAAUGUAGGCAUCAAUAAGAAUAUUUUCCUGAAGGAUCAAAAGAUAUUUGUCCAGAAACUCUUGGGCCAAGUCUCUGAAAAGGAGCUGGCCGCCGAGAAGAAACGUAUCUUGCACUGCCUGUGGCUGGCGGGAGAGAUCCAGAAGCACUGCUGCUCGAAGAAGUAAGGGGAGGGGGCAUCGCGGCUGUGCCCAGGCAGAUGGAGCCUGGUUUCCGUGGAGAAUUGCGCUUCCUUUCUGGUCUUACCAUUAAACGUGUCUUGGGGGAAACAGGA